AUGAAACAAGGAAAUGAUUUGGGAAAACGCUAGAAUCAAGAAUUAGAUAUUGCUUGCUUUUUAAUGGCUGUAGAAGUUGAGAGACUAGUUAGAGAGAAUACGUAAUUAAAAUAGGAGAUUCAAAAUUUUAUUGACUCAGGAUUAGAUAGAGUGAAUUACGAAAUGUAAAUCAGGGAUUUAAUGGAAAAAUUGAAGAAUCAAACAUCUGAAGUGAAUAGCUAUUCUGAAGAGCGUGAAAGACUUAUGAAAUUCAGAAGAUUGGAAGAACAACUCAGAGAUUAUGAUCCUAAUUGGAGGAAGUCAUAGAGAGAUUUAGAAUUGCAAUUAUAAUUAUAAAAUAAGCUUUUUGGAGGGAAAGCACCUGAGGAGAUUUCUAGGGAAUUGGAAGAACUAAGAAAAAAAGCUAAGAUUUUAGAUGAUUUGUAGAAGAAAAUAGGUGCUAAAGCUCCAGAUGAAUUAUUAAAAGAACUAGAAAAUUUGAAAAAAAAGGCCUAGCAAUUUGAUGAUAUUAAUAAAAAAUUAAAUGGUAAAAACUUUUCAGAUUUAGAAAAAGAAUUAGAAAAAUUGAGACAAAAAGCUGAUAAAUUUGAUGAAAUUAGUAAAUAAUUUUCAAAUCCAUCUGAUAUAUAAAAGGAACUUGAUUAAUUAAAAAAAAAGGCUGCAGAAUUGGAUAAGAUGAAAUCGUAAUUGAAUAAUUAAAAUCCUGAUUAACUGUUAAAGAAUUUAGAUGAAAAUAAAAAGUAAUUGCAAUCAAAAGAUAGAGAAAUUGGGGAUUUAAAGAGACUUCUAUCUGAAUUGUAAUAGAAUUAAGGCUCAUAAGAUGAUUAAAUAAGAUUUUUGUAAUAGAAGAUAGAUGAAUUAGAAGAAAAAGUGGUUGGUUUGGUUCAAGAAUUAUCUAGAUACAAAAUGCUAUUAAAGUCUAAAGAAGAUGAACUCAAUAAAUUAUAAAUGUUGUUCAGAGACAAUGAAACCAGGCUUGCAUAAAUGAAUAAUGAAUUGCAAAGAUCUAAAAAUGAUUUAUAGAGAGCAUAAGGAGAUCUUUAAAAAGCCUAGGGUGAUUUAAGAAAAGCUUAAACUGAUUUAUCAAAAUCUUAAUAAGAGAAUUAGAAUUUGAAAUAACAAACUGAUGAUCUUAAAAGAUAGAAUUAGGAAUUAGCCUAGGAAAAUAAUAACUUGCAAUAAGAUUUGGAGAAUUAAACUUAAAAUUUAGGAUAAUUAGAUGAAAUAAAGGAUUAACUCAAUGAUUUAUAGGAGGAGAAGAAUUAAUUAAAUGAUAAGGUGUCAGAUUUAUAGAAUGAUCUAAAGGAAAAGUAGAGAUUGUUCGAUUAAAAGUAAAAGGAAUUAGAAGAUGCAUUAAAAAGAGUAAAAGAUUUGGAAGCUAAAUUGUUAGAAAUGGAUCACUAUAUUGAUACAUUGGAAGACGAUUUAUAAAAGUUUGAGAAAGAUAAUCAACAGUUAAACAGAGAAGCUGGAUAAAAGUAAUUGGCUGAUAGAGAAUUAGAAAGAUUAAGAGGGUUGUUAGAUCAAAUGAAAAAUUAGUAUGAUUAAUAACAAAAAGAAUUAGGAAAGCUUAAAAACAAUCUUGAUCAGAUGAGAGAUCUGUAAGAUGAGCUUGCCUAAGCCAAAUCAGAAUUAGAUAGAGCAAAUUCUGUCAUAGCAUAGUAAUAAGAUGAAUUAGCUUAGAAAGAGAAUGAGAUCUCUUAGUUGGUUAGAGAAGUUUAAAAUUUAGAGGAAUCUAAUAAUUAAUUGUAAGAUUAGAAUAAUAAUCUGUAAUAAACAUUAUAAGAAUAAUAAGCAGUAACUAAUGGAAACCAGGAAGAAUUGACUAAAUUAAGAAGAAUAGCUGAGGAUUAUAAGGAAAAGAUCAGAUAAUUAGAAUUAAAAUUUAAUGAAUAUUCUAAUAUGGAGGAGAGACUUAAGUAAUCAGAUCAUAGGAUUGCAGUAUUAAUGACUGAAAUAGAGAGAUUGAAUUCUUUAGUGAAACAAAUUACUUCUGAAACUGAAGAUUGGAAGUAAAAGCAUUCAAGAAUAGAAUUAGCUCUUUUAGAGUAUAGACAAAUUGAGAAAACUAAUCGUGAUGCUGUAAAUAAGAAUCAAUAAUUUAUAAAUGAAAUAGAAAGAUUAAAGAAACUAUUAGAAGCAAAGCAUAUAGAAUUAUUAUAAACUAUAGAAAGAUGUGACCUCUUAGAGUCUUAAUAAUAGACUUUAAUGAACUAAGUUUAAGAUGCUUUAAAAAAGGCGGACACAGGUGAUACUAUUUUACUCUAAUAUUUAUUGAUUGCAGCAGAGAAUGAAAGAUUGACUGGAAUUCUAUAACCGAUUUAAGAAAAGUACAAUUAAUUGACAACAUAAGUUAAGGAAAUGACAAUUAAAUAUACUGAAUUAUAAAAUAAAACAUUAGGAAUUGAUUUGGAUGAGUAUGAAAGACUGAAAAAAUUAAUUAUUGAAUAUGAGAAUAGAAUUGCUAUGCUUUCACUUGAAAUUUAAAGAUUAAAAGCAAAAACAAAUAUUCUUGAUAGAAAUAAUGGCUCACAAGGUAAUUAUGGUAGUAAUGAUAACAUCAAUAUAUAGUAUAAUAGUACAAUGUUCUAAUCAAAUGAAGAUUUGUCUAAAAAGAUUACUGAUUUAUUGUGUUUAAUUGCAAUGAUGUCAGCAGAAUUGGAUGUCUUAAGAAGUAACAACGAAAAACAAGUUUAACAAUAAAUAGUAAAUUAAUAUAGACAAAACAAUGAUGUUACUAAUGUGUAAACAAUUCAAUCAGUUGAAACUACAUCAGGCUUCUCAUAUCAGAGAAUAUCUUCAAAUAGAAAAUAUUGAAAAUUAUUUGCAUUAAAAUUUUAAAAUCACAUAUAAAUCUAA